CUGGCGAGGAAGAAACUUGGCCGAAUCCCAAAUACCUCAACAUGUUAUAUGUAGUGCACUACAUAGGGUGCGAAAUCCCCUUAUCUCACACUCUAAUAGUGAAUUCGUAUAGGGAAUAGAAAUGUAUUUGGGAUUUGAGCACUGAGUGGCUCAGGUUGUUUAUUCAGUUUUAAAACCUGACCCGCUUUUAGAUUCGUAAUCUCAGAAAGAAAGAAAGAAAGAAAGAAAGUGACUUUAAGGCACACCUGUGUGUUUGUGUAAGUUGGAGUGAAAUUAGCGAGAUGUUAAAGACGCCUGUGCAGUGGGGAAAAAACUAUUUAAUAAUAAGUAUGUGUUAGUUUGUGGUUUGUCUUGUAUUGUAAGGUUACAGCUAGCGUGGUGAAGAGACACCAGACACCUUGGUAGAGGAGACGUUUUCAGGAAUAUAAAACCCCCCACAAACUGGUUUAUGGUGUAGGAUUGAGCUGCUGUGUAGGUUUGGGGGAAUUAUGGCGAAAGUGCAGGUGCUGAAUGUGGCGGUUCUGGACAACCCGAGUCCUUUCUGUAAUCCGUUUCAGUUUGAGAUCACGUUUGAGUGCAUGGAGGAUCUGUCUGAAGAUCUGGAGUGGAAGAUCAUCUACGUGGGCUCGGCAGAGAGCGAGGAGUACGAUCAGACGCUGGACUCGGUGCUGGUCGGCCCAGUUCCUGCAGGGAGACACAUGUUUGUGUUUCAGGCAGAUGCUCCGAACACGGGGCUGAUUCCUGAAAGCGAUGCAGUGGGCGUGACAGUGGUGUUAAUCACAUGCACAUAUCGGGGUCAGGAGUUUAUUCGCAUCGGCUACUAUGUCAACAACGAGUACACAGACCCCGAGCUGCGUGAAAACCCGCCCAUCAAACCCAACUACUCGCAGCUGCAGAGGAACAUCUUGGCGUCAAACCCGCGUGUCACACGGUUCCACAUCAACUGGGAGACAAUCGUGGACAAAUCAGAGGACUUUGAGAAUGUAGACCCCACCCUCAAUACCAUGUUCCCGCCCAGCUGCCCACCAGGAAAAGCCCCGGCUCUAGGACUUAUGCCGGACAAUUCUAUGGACUGCUUAUAAGGGGGACGGGGGACACACACACACACACACACACACACACACUGUUUGAUCACACAUUUGGUUGGACUCUCAGUACUUACAGGAUGAUUUUGGAUGCACUUCUCCUCCUGAACACAGGGUGGCAGUGAAGGAACACACACACACACACACACACACACACACACACACACACACACACACAUACAUACAUACAUCAUGCUGCUCUAAAGCUCAUCAGUGUGAAUGUUAUUUCUAGUAGCAAGUAAGCCAUGUUCUUGGAUCAACAUCCCUCUUAACCAGUCAUGGCCCUCUGAUGUCGUCACUGUGCGCCUCUAACCCUGCCCACUGAAGAUACAGUUCUAUGUGUAGCGCUGCCUUGUAGCUCACAAAAUUAAUUGAGCAAAGUGAAACGAUGAAAUUACUGACCUGCAGCUAAGUGUUAAGCUCAAAUUAUAGCAAUAAGAUCAGUAAUAAUUAGACUUUAUGCGUAGCUACUUUAGAAGGUGUCUAAACGUUUCCUCUAAAAUAUGACGUUUCAGCAUUGCACUAUUCAAAAACGUUAAUACACAAUACUCAAUAUUUGCAGCAUAAUCUAAAUGCUCAAAUUGAAAUAUGUGGUGUGUGUGUGAAAGAUAGAGAGAUUACUAAAGACGGUAACUGACACAUUUCCCUGUAAUGAGGAGGGUGGGAAAUAGCUAACGUCACCUAUAAUAGAGGUCUAAAGGCACGUGUUGGGGCACUUGUACGCUCAAGUCUGGAGGGCUCAGGGUAGCAAUUAUUUCAUCAUCAGGGUUCGAAUCCCAUCUCUGCCAUGUGUGCACGGAGCCUGAAUGUUCUCCCCGUGGGGGUUUCCUACGGGUGCUCCAGUUUCCUCCCCCAGUCCAAAGACAUGCUUUGUAAGCUGAUUGGCAUUUCUGUCCAUAGUGUGCGAGUGUGUGUGAUUGUCCCCUGCGAUAGGCUGGCACCCCGUCCAGGGUGUGCCCCGAGUCCCCUGCGAUAGGCUCCCUGGCUCCCCGCAACCCUGUGUAGGAUAAGCGGCAUGGAAGAUGGAUGGAUUUUUCACUGUUUGUUCACAUGGCUUGAGCUGAUGCUAGCUUGCCCCGCAUACGCAGUGGGUAAUUUAGGCUUGAAUGGUCAAAUGCAGCUUUAAAAAGCACCUUCUUGUUUGUGUAGAAGUGCAUUGCUACACUAGCUUUUAUGUAUGGAAACCAACUGGCACAUCUGAUGGAAAUUUUCAGUCUGCUCCAGAGUGGGAGGAGUCAGAGGCACACAUUGUGAUUUGGUAAAAUGAAUAUUAAUUUGGAAUACUUACUUUUGCAUUUGAGUUCUCCUUUUUUCUUUUUUCUUUCUUGUAUAUUUCGUUCUAAAAUGGAUUUAACGGUUGACGUUAAUAAAUCAAAAUUGCUGUAUUUGUAACACCACACACACACAUGCACACACACGCACUUUCAUCCACCAGCACACAAACUGCUCUGGUUUUGGAUUCUGGAUCCCAUUCUGUGUUUUGUUUUUUUGUUUUCUUCAUUGCAGAUGGUUUAAAAAAAAAAAAAAUCAGAAGUUCAAACUGUGUGACAUGCAUUAGCAAAAGAAAACUUCAUGUGAUGGUGUAAUUGUUCAGCUCUUGAAGCAGUGGAAAUCUGGGAGCCUUCACAAACCAAACCUGAUCCAGCACCAUGUCGUCGGAAAAGGGGUAGUGCAUAUGUGAGGUACUUGUAGCUUGGCAACAGUCGUGAGGGCCUUUGGUGUGUUUUACCCUUGAUCCACUCAUCAUUUCAUUCACCUCGUCUCUCCCUUUACAUUCAUCCUCUCCACCUUUUCAUGUUUUGUCUUUGUGAUGCAACCUGCUUAGAGGGUGUAAACCGGGGCCAGACCACUGUGUCCAUUUAAACGCUUACAGAGCGUUAUCUCAAUACUGUGGCACUUCUCAAAAACUCGCUCCUUCUGAGAUAUGAACUGCGAUUGACGAUCUGAUGUAUGAAAGAUAGAGUGAGAUACUUUUCAUUAUGGCAGAAUGCAGUUCGGUUUUGGAAAACUUUUAAAAAGUUGAAAAAUUGCUAGUUUUGAAGACUGGUGGGCCACACUUCCUGCACUGAGAGUGAUGGGCACAGAGGCCACACCUCCUGCACUGGGCACAAAGGUGACAUUUUGUUUUGGAACAAAGUUGUGGGUGGAAACAGGAAGUCUGCGUGGGGCUUUGUUUGUUUGUUUAUUGAGUUAUUGUUUGGGAAUUAUAUCCAAUCAAAGGGAACGUGCAGUACAUACAGCAUCUCCGAUCAUCCAACUGUAAAGAUCUCACCGGUGAACUAAUCUCCCACGCAGAGACCACACCUCCUUGAUUGAUUUAAAUCAGUACUGUGAUUAGUUAUUUAUCACAUCAGGUUGAUUAAUGUUUAUACAGGCUAAUGCUUAUAUUGUUAAUUGCUUCUCUCACCACGGCAGUUUAUUUCACAUUCUGUUUUAUUUAAAAGUGUAUGUAACGCGGCUUUUCGUCAAUUCUUUGAUGGAUACCGUGCUUUUGGACACUACAAUCUCCGUCUCUGUUUAAAUGUAAUUGAAAUAUGCAAUGUUUAUGUUCUGUUGCUGAGUUUUGAAGAAUAACAGACUUCAGUCAUUUUAAUGGC